UUUCACCUCCCUUCAUUCUAAUUGUAGUUACCCCACACAUAGAGAUUAGUACCAAAAAAAAGAACAGAAGCAGGUGUAGUGUAGCCUACUUAUUUAGUGCUCCCACCCUCCUCAUUCUUCUGUCAUCUACUGAAGCAUUACUCUCUAAAAAACCAUGGCUAUGGCAUCAGUGCUGCUGCUUCUCCUCAUCUCUGCCAAGGUCACACCUUCUUCUUCUUCUUCUUCAUCGUCUCUCUCUGAUAAAAUUCUUCAACUUCCAGGCCAACCCCAUGUGGGUUUUCAGCAAUUCUCAGGCUAUGUUACUGUGGACGAUGAGAAGGAUAAAUCUCUGUUUUAUUACUUUGUUGAAGCAGAACAAGAUCCAGCUUCCAAACCCCUGGUUCUCUGGUUAAAUGGAGGACCGGGUUGUUCUUCACUAGGAGUUGGAGCAUUCUCUGAAAAUGGACCAUUCAGACCAAAUGGGAAAGUUCUUGUAAGAAAUGAAUAUGGUUGGAACAGAGAAGCAAACAUGUUGUACUUAGAGACACCCAUUGGAGUUGGGUUCUCUUAUUCAACUCACAGUUCUUCCUAUGUAGCAGUUGACGAUAAGACAACAGCCAGAGACAACCUUGUAUUCUUGCAACGUUGGUAUGACAAGUUCCCUGGUUACAGGAACAGGGAUUUGUUCAUUACUGGAGAAAGCUAUGCAGGCCAUUAUAUUCCUCAACUGGCAAAGCUUAUGAUUGAAAUCAAUAAAGAACAGAAGCUAUUCAAUUUGAAAGGAAUUGCACUAGGUAACCCGGUUCUGGAAUUUGCCACUGACCUCAAUUCAAGGGCUGAGUACUUCUGGUCCCAUGGCUUAAUAUCAGAUUCAACAUACAGAAUGUUCACUUCCGUCUGCAACUAUUCCCGGUAUGUCAGCGAGUAUUAUAGGGACUCUGUUUCACCUGCUUGUUCGAGGGUGAUGAGCCAAGUGAGCAGAGAAACCAGUAGGUUUGUCGACAAAUAUGAUGUUACCCUUGAUGUCUGCAUACCAUCAGUGCUCUCACAAUCAAAGGUUAUUAGUCCCCAGCAAGUAUCUGAGAAGAUAGAUGUAUGUGUGGAGGACAAGACUGUGAAUUAUCUGAACCGGAAAGAUGUGCAGAAAGCACUCCAUGCUCGCCUUGUCGGAGUUACCAGUUGGGCUGUAUGCAGCAACAUUCUGGAUUAUGAGCUUCUUGAUCUGGAGAAACCUACAAUCUCUAUUGUUGGCUCGCUCAUCAGGGAAGGAAUUCCAGUCCUGGUUUACAGUGGAGAUCAAGAUUCUGUUAUUCCAUUGACUGGAAGCCGAAACUUGGUGCGUAGAUUGGCGAAGGAGUUAGGACUGAACACUACUGUACCUUAUAGAGUUUGGUUUGAAGGAAAGCAGGUUGGUGGGUGGACUCAAGUCUAUGGCAACAUCCUCUCCUUUGCCACCAUCAGAGGUGCUUCUCAUGAAGCUCCGUUCUCGCAGCCGGAGAGAUCACUCAUGUUGUUCAAAUCUUUCCUGGAAAAUAAACCUCUACCAGAAGCUUUCUAAAUAAACUGAGAUUGCAAGCAAGCUGCCAUAUCCUCGUUCCUCACCCUUCUCUGAUAAAAAGUGAAAUUCUGUGCCAUUCUUUAUCUGGAUUUUGUGGAUUGUAAUGCAUCUCUGUUAAAGAAAAUUUUUGUAAAUAG